GAAAGACACAAGUCUUCGUACCCUAGUUUUCUUCCAAAAGUCUCUGUCUUUCUGUGGAAAAUCUGAGAACUUUAAUUUCAAUCCAAAAAGAGUUCGUGUUGAAUGGCGGGUUACAAAGCAGAUGAUGAUUACGAUUACCUAUUCAAGGUGGUUCUAAUCGGCGAUUCAGGUGUUGGAAAGUCCAAUCUUCUCUCUCGUUUCACCAGAAACGAGUUUAGCCUCGAGUCCAAGUCCACCAUCGGCGUCGAGUUCGCUACUCGUAGCUUGAACGUUAACGACAAAGUCAUCAAAGCCCAGAUUUGGGAUACUGCUGGUCAAGAAAGGUACAGAGCAAUCACUAGUGCAUACUACAGAGGAGCUGUUGGUGCCCUCCUCGUCUACGACGUUACACGACACUCCACAUUCGAAAACGUUGAGAGAUGGCUAAGGGAGCUUCGUGACCAUACCGAUCCAAACAUAGUUGUCAUGCUCGUGGGGAACAAAUCUGAUCUUCGUCAUCUUAUUGCGGUUCAGACAGAAGAUGCUAAGUCUUUUGCCGAGAAUGAGUCACUCUACUUCAUGGAGACUUCAGCUCUCGAGUCUACUAACGUUGAGAAUGCUUUCUCUGAAGUGCUCACUCAGAUUCAUCAAGUUGUGAGCAAGAAAGCGAUGGAGGCUGGUGAUGAUUCUGGUAAUGUUCCUUCUAAAGGGGAGAAGAUUGAUAUUGAUGUGUCGGCUGUGAAGAAAACUGGUUGCUGCUCUAACUAAAUAGACUCGUUAGUUUGCUUGCAGAUUGUUAUGGAUUUGCUUUGUUUUCUUCAAAGCUAUGGUCGUUCUUUUUUUAUUACAUUCAAAAAAUUCUUUUGAUGAUGUUUUUGCUUUUAGGAAACAAAUCUUAUGUUAUGCUUUUGAUUUGCUUUGCUUGAGAAUUGCUUAGCUUUGGUCUGGUUAUGUACUGGUUAAAAGAUUUUGUAAUUUAACCGGUUUUAGUCUAUGGUUUGUUCACCUUGAUUUUUUAUUCAGUAUUCAAUCUGAAAAAAAUCUUUAAACCGAUAUUUAUUCGGC